AUGUCUGCAGUAAGGACACGCGCGAUGAGAAAAAGUUGUGUUGUAAACAAGGAUGUCCCCAUCUUAGUUCAGAAGCUCAGCGAACAAACUAAGGUACCACGCAAAACAUCCGGCGGUAGUAGCAGAAAAAGCACCCGAAAGAGUGUAGGCGCUGUGACAGAUGGUUGUGCAUUUCUUGCUGACCUGAAAAAGACACCUGAAAAAUGUCCCUUUGUAGCUGAAACUGCGUAUGCUGCGCUAUCAUUAAAAGUUGACACGCUCACAUCUAUGCUGCAGCCCAUGCAUAGUCUGUUUGCCUUAUUUGAAUCGCCCUCAGAUAUUGGUAAAAUGCCUAUCACGAAAUGUAGCUCGCUGAUUGACUCAAUUUCGACCGAAGUACAGAAUCGAGUACGUUGCUCACGCAAUGCUGUGGUUUUUAAUGUACCUGACAAGCUACCUAUGAAAACUGUUCAGAGAGUUCUACUGUCUGCGUGCGGCAUGCAAACUUGUUGGUCCAGCUGCACUAGGCUACGUAAAAAGUUUAUACGCUAUGACUGUCCCAUACUAUUCCAGUUUGAAAAUGAACUAAUUGCUAGACAAUUCAUUCGAAAUUGCAAUUUGAUUCAGCAUAAUACGACUUUCAAACGUCUGAAAAUAAUAGAGGACAAAACCCCCUUACAGCGAGAGCUUAGAAGACGACAGCUAGAAGCAAACCCGACUGCUAAACCCCAUUCUGAAAAUGUUUCUGUUGGUGGCAGCGACAAGUUUGGCAUUUGUUCCACGCCUGCUGCAGUUACGGAUAACGUGGCGAAUAACGAAAUCAACUCUGGUACCCCAAUUAGAUCGCUUGAUCACACGGAUCAGUCUAGCCCGUUAUCUGCUGUGUCUAGGAGUACGCCCAGUUUCGGCACUUCGGCUAUGCCGGCCACAAAAUUGAUCACCGGCACACAUCCACCAGAACGAAAUUUCACGGUUAAGCGUGAUAAGCCGACCAAACACAAAAUGCCUGCAAACCCCAGCGCUGCGGUUGUGCACGGUGCUGCCUCUCAAAAAGCCAGUUCCGGUAAUCCUAAAAGCUUCUUCAAUGCUGUUUCAUGCCAGAAAAGAGGAAACAAUGCGGUUCAGACAAAACCAACUGCAGUACCCGUUGAACCCCAUAUUCAAUCACAGCCACAAACUUCAGCCUGUGUUAUCCCGCCAAAAGUCUACCCUGGCCAGUAUAUAGGAUCAUCUAAGACAUCUAAGGACUCAGGAAAAUGGAUCGAUUGUAUGAUGACGGUUGACUUGGAUUUAUCGAGAAUGUCACCGGAUAAAUCCAUAGCAUCGCCUUGCCUGAAUAGCCAUCCAUCCAUUGAUCAAGGCCAUGAAGGCACACAAGGUGCCCCAACAUCUUUGCAGAUUGAACGCGAUUUAUCUGUUUAUCACCAAAAUCCGGACUCAUGUUUAAAAAACACGAUGUAUUCUGUUCGAGCUGCAUGGAUUGACACUAGUGUGCCUCCACCGCUUAUAGUGAAGCCUUACGACUCCAGCGCACCUAAGCAGGUUACAUUCCACGAUGAAAAUGACGAUUGCGUAUUUACUCAUUUCACCAAUCUAUACAAUCAACAACCUAUUAGUGCCACGACGCAGGCGACACAGCCUCGAAAUUUAGCGUCUACUAGCGAGUUCCAUGGAAGCCCGCUCUAUAAUCCUCCUGCCCGCAUGAGCUGCUAUGCCGACCAUGAACCCGCCCCCGUAUCCCAUUUUCUACAGGGCCAUACUCAGUCACAACCCCCUCCCCUGUGGCUACCUCCCAAUCCCUUUUCAACGAAGGU